AUGUAUCUGUUUGUCUUUUCUCACAGGAAGCUUCACACACCAACAAACGUGCUCCUCCUGUCUUUGAGCGUCUCAGACUUCCUUGUGGGUCUCCUGCUGAUGCCUUUGGAAAUCUACAGAAAAGUCGCCUGCUGGCAAAAUGCUGUGUGUUCUCUGUAUGGCUUUCUGAUUGCGCAUGUUGUCUCUGCUUCAAUCGGGAACAUCGUUCUCAUAGCAGCUGACCGCUACGUGGCUGUUUGUGAUCCUCUGCACUACCCGAACAAAAUCACUAUGGCAAGAGUGAAGUGCUGCGUUUGCCUGUGUUGGAUCAGCAAUGCCUUCUACAGGCUUUUCUUUCUGAAGGACGAGCUGUUUCGGCCGGGCGGGAGCAAUUCCUGCGUUGGACAGUGUGCAUACGUUGCCCAGCCUGUUGCGUGGUUUGUCGAGCUGACUUUGUUCUUCAUUGUCCCAGUUACAGUCAUUGUAGUUCUGUACGGGAGAGUGUUUGUGGUGGCCGUGUCUCAGGCUCGUGCCGUGCGUUCUCGCGUUACAGCCAUCUCGCAUCAGCUUUCUGUCACAAGGAAAUCAGAGCUGAAAGCUGCCAGGACUCUCGGUAUUCUCGUCGUUGUUUAUCUCAUGUGUUUCUGCCCUUACUACUGUUACAGUCUUGCUGAGGUUAACGUCACCAGCACGUCAUAUGCGUCGUAUUUAAUCUUUCUGUUUUACUUUAACUCCUGUUUAAACCCUCUGAUCUACGCCCUGUUCUACCCCUGGUUCAGAAAAGCUGUUAAAGUCAUUGUUACUCUACAGAUACUGCAGCCUGGCUUACGUGAGGCGAACAUACUGUAGAUGGUCUGUAAACAUAAUGAGAUGAAUACUGACUUUCACACCUGAUUGUCCUCUAGUCUUGGUUCUAUAGGGGACCAAAACCUGUUCCUCCCCCCUUG